AUGGCUUCUUCCACAACCACUCCAAGCUCUGCCAUCCCCGAAGCUUCCACCGCGCCACAAACGCAGGUGACACUAGCAUCCAAGGUUAUCGCAAUCACUGGCGCAAACCGCGGCAUCGGCCUAGGCGUCGCCGAAUGCUGUCUUACAAACGGAGCCGCCAGAGUAUACUCGAUCGAUAUUGGGGAAACCGGCAAUGACUUCGCUGCUCUGUCCAAGCGUUUUCCCGGGCAGUUAUUUGCCCUAACUGCUAAUGUCACGGAAGAAGAAACCAUCACCGCAGCCGUCGACAAAAUCAUUGCCGAGGCAGGCGCGUUACAUGGAAUGGUGGUGAACGCCGGAAGAACCCACCACAAGGCCGCACUUGACUUUACCAAAGAGGAAAUCGAGAGCCUUUUCAACGUGAAUCUGUUCGGUGCAUUCUACACGGCAAGAGCGGCAGCUCGAGCCUUUAUCAAGCUGGGUAUUAAGGGUUCUGUCGUGUUCACCGCGUCGAUGGCCUCGUACCGACCUAACAAACGAGUUCCAUCAACUCCUUAUGGUGCCUCGAAGGCUGGAAUCCGUAAUAUGACACAUACCCUCGCGAUGGAAUGGGCUCAGUACGGCAUUCGGGUUAACAGUGUUUCUCCGGGGCUGGUGAACACUGCUAUGACCUACUGGGUACCACAGCAGCCAGAUUGGGUGCAGCAGCUUAAGUAUUACGGAGGAUUCCCGCGUCUUGCGGAGGUCCAGGAGCUUGGAGGUGCUUAUGUGUAUCUUUUGAGCGAGGCAGCCAGUUAUACGACCUCUAUCGAUAUUCCUGUGAACGGAGUUAUUGGCAUUUGCUAA